AUGAAGCCCUCAACUUUACUCCAUGCUAUGGGCUUCUCACAGCUGGCCUUGGCUGUCCCCGUUCCAGCAAUUAUUUCGGAUAUGGCCUCCCAUGUUCAGGACGAGGCACGUCGUCUCGCCACAGUCAAUCGCGUGCCCAUAAGCCACACACCACCAGUCUCUACCGUUAACGAUGCCGAGGAAUAUGUCGGGCACAGCGUUGAAUUCGAAUUCGACAACCGUCCAGUGUCGCCAUCUGAAAACCUGCCCCCGUCACUCGUUCUAGCCGCGCCUCGGCCACUAAAGACUACCUACCUUCAGUCACUCUCCACGAAUGUGCGAUCUGGAAAGGAAAGAGUGGUGGACGUGGUGGGCGACGGUACUCCCGAGACGAUCGUCCCGAUGACUCUCGAGGAGGGUUUGGCAAAGCUGCUGCCGUCAAGGAUUCGUCUCGGCUGCUGGAGGCACAUUCAGGUCCCUAAGCCUACCAUGUCUAUCUUUAAGGAGCAUCCCGACUUCAUCGUCCUCGGGGCCCUGCUCGCUCUGGUUCUUAUCCUCCUGGUACUGGAGACUAUUGGCACCACAUUUCAAGGGGUCCGUCAACACUACGAUACCAAGGGAGAGAUUCGCUUGGAGGGAGACGAGAAGCCUUGCCAGUCGCCGUCAUUCAGGUGUGACUCGGUGCCUUACGACGAUGAGCUCGAUAUCGAAUGUCUGAGACCAUGA